AUGUCCAAUAUAGGCACCGACGACGGAAUAAAGGCACAACUGCUGGUUGCUGCUACUGAUGCAACAGCGCAGCAUCUGGAACCAGAUGUUUUCACAUGGAACUCGUGCGGAUACUAUGACGACCAGAAGCGAAUUAAGAUCAAAGAGGAAGCACUUGAAGUCGGUCUCUUGCAAUGUGGGAAGCUUAUUCAAAAGCUCGAAUCCUCUUCCCUCAACAGCACCCGUACAAGUGACUCAUUAGUUUCAACUUCGUUGGGGUGGACAGAUGUCGAAAAAUGGAUCCAGAAAUGUAAAGCUCUUAUCGCUACUCACAAGGAAUUCAAAGUCCUUGUUGGCGUCGCAGGGCCAACCGGCAGCGGGAAGACGUCAGCUCUUAACGCCCUCCUUCGGCUAAGAGGGUUUUUGGCGACCAAUAGCCAGGAGGCUGCCACGGCCGUGCCUUGCAAAGUAUCCUACAACGACGACGAUAGACCCUGGAUGAAAUACAAAGCUUGCGUCGUUUUUCGCACGAAGACGAACCUUGUUAAGCAGCUAAAUGAUUUCUUCCAAGAUCUGAAGACUAGGGAUGAGCUUCAAGCGGCAUAUACCGACAAUAUUGACUAUGAUGCUCUCGAAGAUAUUGGUGCCCGCCUAACACCUACCUUAGAGAUGAUUAGGGCAGUUUUUGGCCUUGAGGAGGAGAGCGUUGCAAAGAUGACAACUCAGACGCUUCUUAAUUCAAAUCCGGGCGUCGUUAAGCUUCUUGGAGUAACGAAGAAGUUUCAUGGCAACAACCUUGACCAGGUCUCAGAGCAGAUUAAACCAUACAUAGAUUCAACUACUGCAGAUCACACAACGUCAAACUCAGAGUUUGCGGCUUGGCCCCUCAUCGACGAGGUGGAGAUAUUCGUCAAAUCUGAUAUCCUCCGAAACGGGGUCGUCUUGGUAGAUUUGCCCGGGCUUUGUGACUGGGUGGAGAGCCGGGCUGCAGUAGCUAAGGGGUACUUUCAUAAGCUCGCUGCUACCCUUAUCGUGUCGCCUGCCGUUAGAGCAGCUGAUAACUCUACUUCCAUGAGGCUCCUGUCAGACCAUAAAGGAUUGUGCAUGACGCUGGACGGGAAAUUCAACAAACGCAGCUGCUGCGUUGCUAUUUCGCAGAUAGACGACAUUGAGCGUGACUCUGCUUUAAGAAGUCAAGAGGCUAAGCUGGACACAGAAUUGCAGCAGCUUCUUGAGAAGGAGAAGACUUUAAAACAGACGAAGAAGGACCAGGAAAGUCAACUGACGAGGGCGGAAAAAGAACUAAAGCGUACUAAAACUGCCUUGAAUAAGGCGGCCAAUAAGAGAUCCAAGCCUUCCUACGGGGUAUCAAAGAAGAAAUCUGAGGACCCACAACUCCAAACGAAGAAAUUACGAGAAGAAAAUAAUAUCAUGAAACUUAAAGAAGGGCUCACUAAAAUAGAGGGCGAGUUAGAUGGGAUCACCAAUCAUAUAGUAUUCCAAUGUGUGAAGAAUAGGAACAGAUUCCUCGAGAACCGUAUACAACGUGAUUUCCAAAGAAGGAGAUCAUCUCUUAUUCCCGGCGACGAAGAAAAUAAGGAUAUACGCGAUGAUGUGGUUUCUGUCUGCCCAUUCAGUUCUAAAGCAUUUUGGGGCUAUAUUUCGGGCGAAAAGAGUGAGCUUGUGGCUGGAUUUCCGGACGAGCGCUAUUCAGGAAUCCCUAACCUCUCCCAAUGGAUCCGCGAGGCCACCAUCCCAGAUCGCGAGUCUCACGCGCAGAGAAUCCUACACGACCUUCAUGGUCUCUACAAUACGAUUCGGACCUGGUCGGAGAAUGAAUGGAGUCACAGCAGAUUGCAGAUCGACAAGGAAUGGGUGGUUCAGGAAGUACUCCCAUCGCUUCAUGGCGGUAUAAAAAAGGAGCUGGGGACAUAUUGGACAGAGCUCAACGAGUCUGUCAAGAACUGCAAUCCUCUAGAGAGAAAAAAGGUAUCAAUUGGAAAAUGUGUAGAGGAAUGCGACACAGUCGUAAAGAACUGGGUGUUCAAAGAUCCCGCAAAGAAAUCCAAGAUACAUUGGACGACAUACCAAGCUAAUAUAGUCAGGAACGGUGGUGAGUUCUCAAGCAAGUCGGCCGGUGGUCUCAUCAAAUAUCACUGGAUGCAAGACGUUUCAGAUGUCUUGCUGAGGACCAUUGUAGCUGAUUGGCAUCGGGCCUUUCACGAAGAGAUCCCUGAAGUUCGCCGUCUUGCUUGUGAUUCUAUCGACACUAUAUGGGAUGCAUUUUUAGAGCAAUUGCAGGCUGGCAUAAAGAGUGUCAUACCUGAGCUUUCGCCACCCCUAGCGAAGAUCAUGCCUGAUCUUCGCGUCAUAAAGGAGCAAGUAAAAGAGCGGGUGAAGCAGGCUCUGGAGGACAUUAUAAAGAAUGCGUCCAAAGUUCAUCCAGAAAUAGUCGAUUCAAUCCAGGGGAAAUGGUCCCCCGUUUUUCAGGAAGCUGGACUGAUUACAGGGGAUGGCUCUUUUUUGAAGCGACGGGAGCAUCUAGCUAAAUUCCCAAGGAACAACGGCACCCGGAUGUUCAAUGCUGCCUUCGACAACACGAAAAAUAAGCUAAAGGAACAUUUCGACCAGUUUCCUGCCAGCCUCGCCAAUAUAUCCAAGUUCGCUAUUGAGGAGGUCGAAGAUCAGAUCAAGACAGCCCUGAAUAGCGCCAUGCUGCCUAAUAAUAAAAUAGAGGAGGCACUUAAAGAGAAGCUUGAGUUACAGAAGGAUGUCCGAAGUGUUCUGAUCGAAUGGGAUUUCAAAUGGAAAGCGAAGGGGACUAUUCGUAGUCACCAUACGGAAGGCAAAGAUACUUCUAUUCCUGAUACAUACUGCCCUACCAGGGUCGAAGAGGACUCGGAAGAUGAAGAAGACGAGGACAAGAUGGAAAUAGAUGAUGAGGGGCCUGAGGAUAAGGACGCCGAUGAGCUCGCUGGCAAAUCCUAG